CUUCCAUCCUUGACUUUUUUUUUUUACUUGUUUAGACCACUCAAUCAACCCACACACCAAUUUUUUUCUGUCAAUCAUGGUCAGGGCUGUCAGGGGUAUCCUUAUCGAAUGCGACCCCGAUGCUCGCGAAAUUCUCCUCCUCCUCAACGCCCGCGAUAAGUUUAUCAUUGAAGACCUCGACUCAACGCACCUCUUCAUAAACUCGACGCACCUCGACCGCAUCCAGUAUGAGCUCGAUAAGGAGCUGGAAAAGAAUGCGUACGAGGUCGAAAAACCCGUGUAAGCCAAGGGAAACCACCCGAGAAAACAAUCGAAUAUCGGAAUAAAUAUUUA